AUGAAGAAAAAGCCAAAACACUAUCCAGCGUCCAAGAUUAUUAUCGUUAUGAUACUCAUCGCGAAAAAAAAUAGAAAAAUUCAGCCAGAUGAGUCACGGGUAAAUGAAAGAAUACCUUCUUCUGGACAAGAAAAUUUUCGCACAAAUGUUAAUUACCCUAUUUUAGAUACUCUGAGUGUGCAAUUGGCUGGACGUAAAAGUGCGUAUGAAAAGCUUUACGAAAAAUUUAAUUUCUUCGAUAAUUUAUCUGAAAUAUAUACAACCGAAUUGAAAAAUCUUGCCAAUAAAUUAGUCGACAAGUAUCUUGACGAUUUAGAAGAGACAUUAGGCAACGAAUGUAUUCAUUUACAAUACCAACUUAAAGAUUCUUCAGCAAAUACGGAAGAUAUACGCUCUGCACAAAAUAUAUGCAAUGUAUUACAUUCACGUAGUCUUCGAGAUGUUUACCCAAAUGUUGAUAUUGCUUUACGUAUUUUUUUGAGUAUUCCGGCUACAAAUUGUUCAGGAGAAAGAUCUUUUUCUACUUUAAAAAGAGUAAAAACCUAUUUACGUGCCAGUAUGGGUCAAGAUAGACUUAAUUCUCUUGCAUUAUUGUCUAUUGAAGCUCAACUAGUUCAAAAAAUUGAGUAUGAUGAUAUAAUUGAUAUUUUUGCGAGGACCAAAGCCAGGAAAAAGAAAUUUUGA